AUGACGAUAGAACAUGACAUGGAUAACGGGCGAGCCGAGCUCCCGACACCUUCGUCCUCCCCUCGGGUCUUCGGCCGAGAGGCCCCUGGCAGCCGAGGUUCAAAGCCAGUGGCAGAGAAGCGCGCUGCGGCCACGUGCCCUUCGGCUCGGAGAACGACACUAGUCCAGGGGCCCUGCUCCGAGCUGCGGCGGGAAGCCCCAGCCCACGCCCCCGGUUCUCCCGGCGCAAUUGGGUUCUCGGCACCCGCUACCUUGGAACCCACGCGGGCUCCAGCCACACGCCGGGCAAGCACCGUCUCCGAGCGAGACCCCAGGCCUUCCCUGGGCGGAGCGUGCGGCGCCUGGAGUUUACGUCACCACGCGCGCCAGGGCCCUGCUGACGUCAUCCACCUCGCGCCCGCCAACAUGGAAGCGGGUGACAGCGGCGUCGCUGUGGCUGGCCUUGGGGCUCGGGGCUCCGGAGCAGCUGCGGCCACAGUCCGGGAGCUUCUGCAAGACGAGUGUUACAGUGACUUUUUAAAUGAAGAUUUUGAUGUAAAGACUUAUACUUCCCAAUCUAUUCAUCAAGCUGUAAUUGCUGAACAACUAGCAAAACUUGCCCAAGGAAUCAGUCAGCUGGAUAAAGAACUACACCUACAGGUUGUUACAAGACAUGAAGACUUACUGGCACAAGCAACUGGAAUUGAGUCUUUGGAAGGUGUUCUCCAGAUGAUGCAGACAAGAAUUGGGGCUCUGCAGGGAGCAGUUGACAGGAUGAAAGCAAAAGUUGUUGAGCCCUACAACAAAAUAGUCGCCCGUACUGCACAACUAGCGAGGCUUCAGGUUGCCUGUGAUUUGCUCCGGAGAAUAAUACGCAUCUUGUACCUCAGCAAGAGACUCCACGGACAAUUGCAAGGCGGAAGCAGAGAGAUAACAAAAGCUGCUCAGAGUCUCAAUGAGCUUGAUUACCUUUCUCAAGGAAUCGAUCUUUCUGGAAUAGAAGUAAUAGAAAAUGAUCUACUUUUUAUUGGAAGAGCUCGGCUUGAAGUGGAAAAUCAAGCUAAGCGCCUACUGGAGCAGGGUGUGGAAACUCAGAAUCCAACCCAAGUCGGAACAGCGCUUCAGGUUUUCUAUAAUCUUGGAACUUUGAAGGAUACUAUUGCCAGUGUCGUGGAAGGAUAUUGUGCUACCAUAGAAGAAAAUAUUAACAGUACAUUAGACAUCAAAGUUUUGACUCAGCCUUCUCAGUCAGCUGCUAGAGGGGGUCCUGGACGGUCUACCAUGCCGACCCCAGGAAACACUGCAGCUUUUCGUGCGUCCCUUUGGACCAACAUGGAGAAGCUUAUGGAUCAUAUCUAUACUAUCUGUACACAGGUACAACAUCUACAAAAAGUAUUAGCAAAGAAGAGAGAUCCUGUUUCUCAUAUUUGUUUCAUUGAAGAAGUAGUUAAGGAUGGGCAACCCGAAAUUUUAUAUACAUUUUGGAAUUCAGUUACCAGAGCACUUUCUUCUCAAUUUCAUGUGGCAACAAAUUCUUCUAUGUUUCUGAAGCAAGCAUUUGAAGGAGAGUACCCGAAAUUAUUGCGGCUUUAUAAUGACUUAUGGAAGCGCCUUCAACAGUACAGUAAAAAUAUUCAAGGGAAUUUUAACGCAAGUGGAACUACAGACCAAUAUGUUGACCUACAGCACUUGGAAGAUGAUACCCAAGAUAUGUUCAUACCAAAAAAGCCAGAAUAUGACCCAGAAAAGGCUUUGAAAGACUCACUACAACCAUAUGAAGGCGCUUAUCUAUCGAAAUCCUUAUCUCGACUCUUUGAUCCCAUCAACUUGGUUUUUCCUCCCAGUGGUCGUAAUCCUCCUUCCUCUGAUGAGCUGGAUGGAAUCAUUAAAACGAUAGCAAGUGAACUGAAUAUAGCUGCUGUGGAUGUUAACCUCACUUUAGCUGUGUCCAAAAACGUGGCAAAGACUGUCCAGUUAUACGGUGUCAAGUCUGAGCACCUCGUAAGUGGGUCCCUUAUCGGGAAGUGUUCUGAAGGACAGAGGAGAAAUGUGGCAGUGGUGAACUCACUAUAUAAGCUACACCUAUCAGUAACAAAGGUGGUUUCCAGCCAGAACUCAUUCCCACCAGCAGCAGAAGGGACCAUCGCGUCAGCCCUCAAGACCAUCCAUGCGCUUAUGGGAAGCGCUGUGCAGCCCUUACUGACUUCCGUGGGAGAUGCUAUAGAGGCCAUCCUCAUCACCAUGCAUCAAGAAGACUUUUCUGGGUCGUUUUCCGGCUCAGAACCAACUGAAGUGCCUUGUUCCCUGUACAUGAAGGAGCUACAGGGUUUCAUUGCCCGAGUUAUGAAUGACUACUUUAAACACUUUGAAUGCUCAGAUUUUGUCUUUGACAACACUGCAGCGAUUGCCCACAGAGCAAUUGAGCUGUUCGUCCGCAACGCCAGCCUCAUCCGGCCUCUUGGUCAAGGUGGGAAAAUGCGACUGGCUGCUGAUUUCACCCAGAUGGAGUUGGCUGUCGGCCCAUUCUGCAGACGAAUAUCUGAUUUAGGAAAAUCCUAUCGAAUGCUGAGGUCAUUCAGGCCGCUGCUCUUCCAGACAAGUGAGUGCGUGGCCAGCAGCCCUGCCCUGGGCGGCAUCAUCCCACACAGUGUCGCCAUUCAGUUUCUGUUCACCAGAGCACCCGCGGAGCUGAAAUCCCCUCUCCAGAGAGCAGAGUGGUCCCACGCACGCUUCUCCCAGUGGCUGGAUGACCAUCCAUCUGAGAAGGACAGGCUCUUCCUCAUCAGGGGAGCCCUGGAAGCUUACGUCCAAUCAGUAAGAAGCCGAGAAGGCAAAGAAUUUGCACCAGUUUACCCCAUAAUGGUUAAUCUGCUUCAGAAAGCUAUGAAUGCUCUUCAGUAACAAUGUGAAAUACUUGUUAAUCUCCAUUUGUUCGUUGAUAGCCCAUUCAAAGUUGAGUUAGAACAUGCUCUCGAUUCUAAAAGGAUGUAAUUGUCUCUAUUUCCUAUUGAUCCUUUUGUUUACCUCUUACCUAGCACUCAUAGGUUUGAGAAUAAAAUGUCAAAAUAGAUUUAUCACUAUAAAAAGGCAUCCACCUCUCAUCUAUCCCAGCUGACUUUCCUACAAGGCUAAGUAAAACCUUCCCAUCACAAAAGAUUUUCCUCCAAUGGGUCCCUGUCACUUUUAACAGGGUCUGAGCUACCUCUACAGACACCAUUCCCCCAACUGACCCAAAUAUCAGCCAAAGCACCUAAUUUUACCACAAAAACUGCAUUAAAAAUGUCCUGUAAACCUCGGCUUAUAUACAAGUAUAUAUGCUAAGUAGUAUACAGCUCAGGGGUCCCCAGAUUCUACUGGAAAAAAGAAUCACUGGGAGGAGCUUUAAAUACUUCUGCUGCCUAGUCAAAGCCCCCAUCAACAAAAUUCCCAUCUCUGAGGUGAGUCAAGGACUCCCAAAGGGUUCCAGUAUUGUUUGGGGCCACUGAUGUUUUAAAUGUCACAUUGCAUCUUUAAAUAAAGCAACUCUGGUUGUGUCUCAUUUUAUUAAAAGCAGACUGAGGAGGCUUUAUAAUGGAUUGCAUUUUAUGUCCCACCCCCACCCCCAAUUUUAAUUAUAAAUCACAACCUCUUACAUGCCUGUGGCUAGAAUUCAUUGUCAAGUUUGUUAUGGUGAUGAGGCUAAACUGGUACAGGAUAGGUCUUCCAUCUUUAUAGUUGAUUGUUUUGUUCAGAGUAAACAGUACAGUUCAGUCAUACCGAUCACAUCCUCCCACAUUGGACAAAUGAUCUCGAGAUACACAAGACUCAACAAGAGAUGCCAAGCCCAGAGGACCGCUCGGGAGCGCAGACGGCGAGGACGGCGCUGCCAGACAGCCUGAGCAGCCGGAACAGACACUCUGGGCUCCGAGACAAGAAUGUGCGUUUCUGUGGGUCAUGGCGUCUGCUUGUUAUGCAUUACAGCAGCACUAGAUACUGAGGCUGUAACCUUGUAACAGUUACGUCAAAUUAAAAAUAGGCACUAUUUGAUUCUAUACUUUCUAUAAAUCAGACAGCGUAGACCCCUAUGUCAGUAUCACACUUGCCUUUUUCUUUGGAAUCUGAAGUCCCAUCAGGAAUCCUUCAAGUGCCAAGAUCAUGUUUCACUAACACCCAGAAAACCCCUGUUCUCACAACUUAAAUAUGAUAUUCAGUCAAGGUCAUUCAGCAGAAGUCACGAAAACCCUUUUUUACUCUCCAUUUUAUUUGAAAUAAUAUACAAGAAUAUAGUGUGCAAAAUUUAGGGGCAACAUUAUGAAGUGUAAUGAACUGAAAUCAAUUUUACAGCUGUGAUUCCUAACCAGAAACACGGCUCGGUAAGUCACAUGAAAAGCAUGAUUGUAGCUCAGAGCAGAAGCAGCUGUUCGCCAGCGUGUCUGCUCUCUUCCAGACAGUUGGAGGAAAGUAAAGUGCGAGUGUUGCACUGCAGUAAGUGCAAAGUCUGCCCCCACCAUAAAGACAGGAUGACAAAUAAGAUAUUUAGGAUACGUGGCUGAGGAGAUAUAGGGCACAAAGUUAAAAAAUACAAUGGUGUCGACUGUUAAUAGCACCAUUACAGUGACUAUAUUCCAAUGCUAUUAACUAACAGCUGGACCGGGGCUAGGACUCCAUCGGAUACAAUGGAUGGGUGCUGCCACCUGGUGCACAAACUCCGCAUCCUGUGGUACUACCGCAGGUGGCUCUGGGACAGGGGCAUCACCCACCUGCAACAUGCUGUGGCAGCCUCUUGGCACUGGCCAGACCAGGAGUGCCCGUGCUGGGCAGAGGCUGGACUGUGUGGUGGCUGCUCAAAGGAAAGACCAACUCCCAGCGCCUGCUUCAUCCCAUUGUGUGUACAAUACAGGUUAAUAAGCAGUAGGGAGCCAAUGUAUAAACAGCAGUUACCUAUUUUUAAAUUCUUUUGUACAAUUUAAAAUAAAACAUGUAUACAAUUCUCCUCUUUCUACUGUACUUUAGCACCACAGGAUAUCAAUUUUCAAGCCUCUAUUACCUGAUAGACAUAUAUGAAGUUUGGAAGAAAAAUAAGGCAAUUUGGUUUACAAUGUUGAUAGUUUUAGCUUGCUUAAUGCUCUAAUGGAGAAAGCAAAUCCUCACUCAUAUUAAAUCAUUUCAA